AUGGUUGCCUACAAGAACCUCGGACUCGCUGCCGCCGUCGUCUUCGGCGUUGCCGAAACCACGAUGGCCGCCCCCAUGGCCACCGACUACUCCGGCGCCGGACUCGAGGUCCGCGGCAAGAAGACCAAGGCCUUCAACAAUGUCGUCAACGGUGCGAACGCUGUCUCUGGUCUGGUCGGCGCCGUCGGUGGCAUGAAGCGCGACCUGGAACCCCGCGGCAAGAAGACCAAGGCCUUCAACAAUGUCGUCAACGGUGCGAAUGCUGUCUCCGGUUUGGUCGGCGCCGUCGGUGGCAUGAAGCGUGACCUUGAGCCUCGCGGCAAGAAGACCAAGGCCUUCAACAAUGUCGUCAACGGAGCGAACGCUGUUUCUGGUCUGGUCGGUGCCGUCGGUGGCAUGAAGCGCGACCUGGAACCCCGUGCUAAUGCUCUUUCUGGCCUUGUCGGCGCCUUCAGCGGAAUGGGUGGCGGUGCCAGGAGGCGUGACCUGGAACCCCGUGCUAAGAAGGCUGCUCCUGCCAAGAAGGCCGCUCCCGCCAAGAAGGCUGCCCCUGCUAAGCCCAAGACCAGCAAGACCGACAAGUUUAACAACGUUGUUGAAGGUGCUAAUGCUCUUUCUGGCCUUGUCGGCGCCUUCAGCGGAAUGGGUGGCGGUGCCAGGAGGCGUGACCUGGAACCCCGUGCUAAGAAGGCUGCUCCUGCCAAGAAGGCCGCUCCCGCCAAGAAGGCUGCCCCUGCUAAGCCCAAGACCAGCAAGACCGACAAGUUUAACAACGUUGUUGAAGGUGCUAAUGCUCUUUCUGGCCUUGUCGGCGCCUUCAGCGGAAUGGGUGGCGGUGCCAGGAGGCGUGACCUGGAACCCCGUGCUAAGAAGGCUGCUCCUGCCAAGAAGGCCGCUCCAGCAAAGAAGGCCGCUCCUGCCAAGAAGGCUGCCCCUGCUAAGCCCAAGACCAGCAAGACCGACAAGUUCAACAAUGUGGUUGAAGGUGCCAAUGCUCUUUCUGGCCUGGUCGGCGCUUUCAGCGGCAUGGGCGGCGGCAUGAAGCGUGACAUCCUGGAGUACAUUGACCUCCUUGAGGCCCGCGAUAUCGAGGAGUACCUUGAGGUCCGCGACUUCGACGAUGAGUACCUCGAGGCUCGCGACAUCUACGACGACCUUGAACUCCUCGAGGCCCGCGACAUCUAUGAGGACCUUGACCUCCUCGAGGGUCGUGACAUCUACGACGACCUUGACUUCCUUGAGGCUCGUGACGUCGACGAGGACGACUACUACUACUACUAG